UUAUGUGGCGUCCCUAGUGUACAACCGGAUGGUUAACUGUUUAUAAAAUCUACCACUUCUGUAAAAAAAAAAAAUAACACCCAACCUAUUGAAAACAAUUGGUGCCGAGAGACAGUUUUUGGCUUCAAACAGUAAGAAACCGUUGAAACUCUGCGAAGGACGGACGGCGGCUUUGCUAGAGUGGGAAAUCUUUCUGAAUGGAAAGCGGCCAAAGGAGGUUCGGCCGCUCUUCUUAUCCAGAUAUUACGACAAGGAAAAGAGAGGAGCUGGAUAACCGGACCGAAGCGUAAACAACGCGUCCAUCAGUGGUUAGCGGGGGUCAGAGAGGCUGAAACCGGACUUCCUUUGCUCGGUAGCCUCCCAGCAGCAGCAGCAGGAUACCCCGGACACCAUGGUCUGCGCUCCUCUGGGCAGCUGAAUGAGCAGGGAGCCAUAGAGCAGCAAUCCCCCGCUACUGUAUUGUGUGAAAGCAGCUUGUGUAGAAGAUGGGGCAUCCUCCUCUGGAGUUCAGCGAGUGCUAUAAGGACAGUCCAGACUUCAGAGACACCCUCAAGUGUUAUGAGCUGGAGCUGGACAGGACGAGCAAAUUCCUCAAAGAGUUGAUCAAAGAUGGCAACAGUGUUAUUACUGCGAUCAAGGAUGAGCAACUUGAAAACAUCUGCAAGUUUUCCACUCUGUGUGGGGUGGGAUCCACAGCUGGAAUACGUGGAGCAGUGCUGCAGAUGUGACACCCACAGAGGCACAGUGUCUGCCCCUUUAAGGAACCCUGAAUGACAGGCUUAUUAUCACCUCCACAACAGAGGCUGUC